AUGGACAUUCGUCCAAAGGACGAAUCACAGGAGGAAAGUGCACUGCCGGCGGCCAGCGAGGCCGCAUCAGGUGGUGGUGUGUGCGAGCUCGGCAAGACUCCGACCAGCCUCACAGCGCGGAUCGAGAUGGCCUUCAAUCAGGUUUGUGCUGAUGGCAAGCACAUCGGGGAUGUGCUCAGGGAGAUGUUCCCCCACAACAUUGAGGGGCACACAGCCUUUUGCAAGGCCUUGCUUUCAGUGCCCAAAGGUGAGCACGGGAAAUUCCCAGAUAUGUGCACAUUGCGCAUCCACUUUUCAUCGAUCCUGCACCGUGGCUUCCAGGCUUUCCGAGAGCCGCUCGAGGUGCGGUUUCCUGCGGAUGCUGAUGUGCCACCAGGACAGCCUGCGAUUGAGAAUGUCCCCAUCUUCCAAGUGAAGCUGGUGGGUAUCACUGCAGAUGAAAUCUCUGGAGAUGCAGACUUCGCAAACUGCCUUGCAUCUUGCAAGUACUUGAAGGGCAAUUUCACAUACCAUGAACGGCCGGAGAUGUAUCUCUUCGAGUCUCUGGCUCUGUGCCAGAGGACCUCGGAGAAGCAGAGUGCCUCAGCCCUCGAUCUUGCAAGUGCUUUUGCGGAAGCUGUGCGCAUCAAGCGUGCUGUGCUGGGCCAGAAAUCACUGCGAGAUGUGCUUGGACUGUGUGUGUCGGAGUACAACAAGGCCGUGGGCCGGGACCACAAAGUCAAGCAGGAGACGCAGAAGAUUAUUUACAAUGUUCUGCGAUGCCCGUUGGAAAUGCGGGAGAUCUUGGCCCAGGUGUAUGGUGAGUACCGCCACUACAAUGCAGGCAGUGCACUAGUGUGCAUGUGUAGACUUACAGCGUGGCUUUCAGCUUCAUGGACUAUGUGUUGUUAUCUAUCACAUGCAGUCUCAGUCCCCAUCUCUCUCUCUCUCUCUUUAUUUUUUUUCUCUCUCUCUCUCUCUCUCUAUCUCUCUCCAGCUCCAUCUCUGUAUUCAGUGCAAGUCUUGCACCGGCCAGCGCUGACUCUCGAGAAUCUGGCGGGUGACUUCUAUGUGCCGGGCACGAACCUGGGGAAAGGCCAGGGCGGCAAGUGGCCUGAAAUCUUGGAAGCUUGGCUCCCAUCCACGAACAAUCACGAACUUAAUACCAUGCUGUAG